CAGGGGUCAGGGCGGCGGAGGGGGUGCCUGAGCCUGCCCGUGUGAGUUAGUCUUGGCGGGUGAUGGAGCGGAGCGUGUGAAGUCGAGACUCCGAGCCCAGACCGGGGCCUAGGAGACGCAGAGAUGCAGAUCUUUGUGAAGACCCUGACGGGCAAGACCAUUACCCUUGAGGUCGAGCCCAGUGACACCAUCGAGAAUGUCAAAGCCAAAAUCCAAGAUAAGGAGGGCAUUCCACCUGACCAGCAGCGUCUGAUAUUUGCAGGCAAACAGCUCGAAGAUGGCCGCACUCUUUCAGAUUACAACAUCCAGAAAGAGUCUACCCUGCACCUGGUGCUUCGUCUGAGAGGUGGCAUCAUUGAGCCGUCCCUCCGCCAGCUUGCCCAGAAGUACAACUGCGACAAGAUGAUCUGCCGCAAAUGUUAUGCUCGCCUGCACCCCCGUGCUGUCAACUGCCGCAAGAAGAAGUGUGGCCACACCAACAAUCUGCGCCCCAAGAAGAAGGUCAAAUAAGGCCCCUCCUUUCUCCACAGGGCACCCUCCUGCCCAAGCCCCAUGGCCCUGGGGCCUCAAUAAAGUUACCCUUUCGUUGACUGGAGCAGUAA